GUCCCAUCACCAGCUACACCAACCCUGGGGGCACAAGCUAAUUAGAAAUGAACAGUGCGGUGCACGUAUGAACACCACCCGUCUGAACCGCGGUGCUCAGAUUAUGGCCUGUUUGGUGCCUGCCGGUGUGAUUUCCACCACAACCCUUCCGCAUUUUCCUGCUGCUCUCGGGCUGUGACGUGUCGUGCUGACGGCGGCCUCGGAGCUGGAGGAGCGGGGGGCUGUAGCAUGACAAGAUCUGGCUCCAGACGUCCUGCUUUGCUUUCAGCAGAGCUCCAGAAACAACCCCUAACCCCUCCUUCUCUGCUCCUCACCGGCCCGCCCAAAUAACACAAAAUUCCCGACUGAAUCCUGCCCGAGUCUGGGGGAACCAGGCGGCCUGGGAAGCCGAGGAGCGGACGGAGGCCAUCCCUGCAGCAUACAUCUGCUCUUCAGUAACAAAUGCAGUGCGAGGACAAUGGAUGAGGAUGUCACCAGGCUUGCCAUACAUUCUGAGGAGCCUAAAAUAAUAUUACACGGAUCGGAUGAGGGUGGUGCCGGUGGGCAGGAGUUUGUUGUGGAGCUUCAAGAGACUGUGUUGGUGUCAGAAGGCGAGGGGGAAGGCAUGGCAGUUCACAGGUUUGCCCCAGAUGAGCUAGUCAUCCAGGAUGCUGUUGAGGAUGUGGUUUCUGAGUAUGUGCACUGCGAUGAAGAUGAAGAUGUCGCUGUAGAAACCUGUGUGAUGGCUCUGGAGGGCGAGGAGGAGGGUGUUGCCAUGGGAGACAUCCCUGAAGAUGGGCUGGACCCAGAGCAGCAGGAGGACGACCAAGAUGGCUGUGGAGAUUAUCUAAUGAUAUCCUUGGACGAAGCUGGAAAAAUGGUGUCCGAGGAUGGAACAGAGGUAACGGUCGAGGGAGCUGUGGAGGACCAGGAAGUGGAGAAGGAUGAGGAUGGACAGGAGGUGAUAAAGGUGUACAUCUUCAAGGCUGAUUCUGGGGAGGAUGACAUGGGAGAAUCUGUUGACAUCAGCGAUGGAGACACAGAGAGCGUGGCGUUAACGGAGUCGUCAGGCCAAACGCUCCGAGAGAAGAUGGUGUACAUGUCCGUCGGGGAUUCUCAUCACAAUCAGGGGAACCACGGUGGGUCCAAGGUGACUGAUGAGGUUUAUAUGGAGGUGGUGGUAGGAGGCGAAGAGCCAGUAACUCACGACCGCUCGUAUGACAGCGUGUCUCUAAGCAAGGACUUCAUGCCUGUGGCCUGGGCAGCUGCUUAUGGUGCAGAGGAUAGCGAGAGUUGUGAAAACCGAAACGGUGCAGCCAGCGCACUGCUGCACAUCGAUGAAUCUGACGGGGUUGAUGAUAUCAAUAGACAACGCAACAAGAAGAGACGGUCAGAGCCUCGCCAGGUACAGACAGCCAUCAUCAUCGGUCCAUAUGGUCAGCCUCUCACCGUUUACCCCUGCAUGCUUUGUGGUAAAAAGUUCAAGUCACGAGGUUUCCUGAAGCGCCACACCAAGAAUCAUCACCAGGAUGUUCUGACCAGGAAAAAGUACCAAUGUACAGACUGUGACUUCACCACCAACAAGAAAGCCAGUCUCCACAACCACAUGGAGGUGCACGCUCUGAGCAGCAAGGCCCCUUUCGAGUGUGAAAUGUGUGGCAAGGAGUUCCACCAGCAGGCGGCGCUGUUCUCUCACAGACUGCAGCACCACCACCGAGAGCCCAAGAACCAGCCGCCUCCACCGCCCACCAAGAUGCAUAAAUGCAAGUUCUGUGACUAUGAAACUGCUGAGCAAGGACUGCUCAAUCGGCACUUGUUGGCCGUUCACAGCAAAAGCUUCCCCCACAUCUGCGUGGAAUGUGGAAAAGGCUUCCGACAUCCUUCAGAGUUGAAGAAACACAUGCGCACGCACACGGGCGAGAAGCCUUACUCCUGCCUGUACUGCGACUACAAGUCGGCCGAUUCGUCUAACCUCAAGACGCACAUCAAGACUAAGCAUAGCAAAGAGAUGCCAUACAAAUGUGAGCGCUGUUUCCAGACCUUUGCGGAGGAGGAGGAGUUAAUGCAGCACGGACUAACACACGAAGAGAAUAAGACCCACCAUUGUGCCCACUGUGAUCACAAAAGUUCCAACUCCAGUGACCUGAAACGCCAUAUAAUAUCUGUUCACACCAAGGACUACCCACACAAAUGUGCCAUCUGUGGUAAAGGCUUCCACCGGCCGUCUGAACUGAAGAAGCACUCGUUAUCCCACCGCACCACCAAGAAACUCCAUCAGUGCCGCCACUGCAACUUUAAAAUUGCAGACCCUUUUGUUCUCAGUCGUCAUAUCUUGUCUGUCCACACAAAGGAGCAACAGGCCUCUCCUGAAAAGAGUGAGGCUAAGAGGACAGAGACGCACACUCCUGUUGCCACACCUAAAAAGUCUGCACCUAGCGGGUCCAGCAGCUCUGGCCCACCUGGCAGAGUCAGUGCAGCCAGCUUAGCCAGCAGUGUGACUGUAGUUAUUGGCAAGGGGCAAAAAGAAAGGAGAAUUUACCAGUGCCAGUACUGUGACUACAGCACCGGGGACGCUUCGGGGUUCAAGCGACACGUGAUUUCCAUUCACACAAAAGACUACCCGCACCGCUGCGAGAUCUGUUCAAAAGGCUUUCGACGACCCUCGGAGAAGAACCAGCAUAUCAUGCGCCACCACAAGGACGUGGUGCAGGCAGAGUGACUCUGACCGAGCCAAAUACUGUGCCACAACAAAGAACAAUGUUGAAGCAACCAUCACACCCCAAUCACUGCACCCUCAGCACGGCACCAUUCACAUUGAAAUAAUGUGGUGUGUGUGCGUGUGCUGCACUUAGUCUGUUCUGUUGUUUUGCUCUUUUUUGAUCCUCAGCCUAAUGUUUGUUCAGAAAUGUAUACACGUGUACAUAACGUUAAUGCUCCGUCAGAGUUAGCAACAGAACCUCUCCGUAGACUUGCACUUUUAACUGCAUGUCCCUUGCUGGUGACAGUGUGCAUGGCAGAUUGUGCAGAUGUCUCUUUGUAGAUAUACAUUUUUUUAAUUUUGCAGGCAACAGUCAGUUGUCAGUCACGAUGGUCCUAAUUAUUUGUCUCAAAACUCAAAAAAACAGUCUCAAAGUGUAAUUUGCAAAACGUUUGCGUCAUUUUGUUAAAAUGUACUAAACACAGCAGUAUGGAUUAACAACCUGUUCCCAGUAGCACUUGCCAUCUUGGUAAAGAUCAUGAUGAAUGCAGUAAUCAAGUCGUACGUGUGUAUGCUUGUGUGUUUGUAUGUGAGCGAGAGAGAAAGAGAGACAGACACAUCUGUUGUGCUUCCUGGUGCUCUGACUCCACCACUCUGUAACAUAGUGCUUUUUGUUGUGUUAACAAAAACACAAGGCUGGCUGUGUACAGCACCCGUAGAAAAGAAACAAUCAUUCUUAGCUUUGUACACAGGGGUCUACGAUCAUGGAAUGAACACAAAAUACACAGUGAAAUAGUGGAUUUGUCAUGGUAGUGAAUAAAAGUUCACAUAUGCACCUAUAUCACCAUGCGGUCAUUACCCCAUCGCUUGAUUAUACACCUGUCCAAUAUUUCAGUUUUAAGUCAGUAAGUGUACUGUAAGUUGCUCAGAACUAGUGCCCAAAGCAGUAGAGAUGAAACCCCGACUGACAGUAUUUUUAAUCUAGUAACGCUACCUGGGGAGUGAAAUCCCAUCAAUUUGAAAGAAAGAAAAAAAGCUGAUUAUUGUGACGAGGAAAAUGUACGUUGUCAAACAUGAUUACUGAUGUUGAGCUGUUUGACACAUGGUUUCUUUUUCUAUGAACUAACUUGUUUUUCAUAUUAAUUGACACAAUAUUUGUUAAAUCAUAGAAAAAGUAUCAUUUAAAAGUAUUGGUGUGAUACUGAUAUUAGGCUGGGUUUAAAAAAAAGUUCACAUCAGUGUCCUAAUAUAACUGUUUGGUCUGAACAGGAAUCCUACAGUAUAUAUGUGGUGCUGCUGUUAUGAAACUAUGGACUGAACUCUUUGUUUUCACCCACACACAGAUGUACUUUUACCAGUAGAAAGGGAAAUGUAUAUCUUUUUAGAUGCAACUUCAGAAGACAGGUGCUGGUGGUGUACUUGUACUAUGGCUUUUUACAUUUUUGUUAUCACCUGUGAUUAUUUCUGUUUUUAUAUUUAUUUCAUUUACAAGUUGUUGUAUAGUUAAGUGUAACUAGACUUCUAUGGGACGUAAAUUAUUGUUUUGUAUACAAAUCUGUACAAAGCGUGUAGAUGUAAACACUUGAUAAAAAGGAAAUCUGAACUGUGUUGUUAUGGAUGUACUUCAGCGUAUUUGUUAAAAAAGGUAAUAAAAGCAAAGUAUUUUA